AUGACUAAUUUAAAUAUGAAGUCAGCUGAACCUUUUCAAAUGGGAAAUUAUGGAGUUGGUGGACAAUAUGAACCUCAUUUUGAUUUUGCUAGGGAAAAUGAAGCUGUAAAUGCAACAAAAGGACAUCAAAAUAUGGGAAUUGGGAAUAGAAUUGCAACAGUUCUUUUAUAUUUGAGUACCCCAGAAAAGGGUGGAUUUACUAUCUUUAAUCAGAUAAAAACAAUUGCUAAACCAACUAAGCACGAUGCUCUUUUUUGGUAUAAUUUGUGGAGAAGUGGAAAAGGAGAUAUAAGAACAAUGUUUGGGCAUGCAGCCUGUCCCGUUCUGCUUGGCGAUAAAUGGGUUUCGAAUUCUUGGAUACACGAAAGAGGACAAGAAUUUAUUCGUCCAUGUGGUUUAGAUCCUUCAAUACAAGAACGUUAUGUUGGUGAUUUGGGUGGUCCGGAACCUAAAAAAUAUCCAAAUAUAUCUCCUUAUUGUAAAGAGGGAUUAUAUUGUGAAUGA